UCCUCCUCCUCCUCCUCCUCCUCCUCCUCCUCGUCCUCCCGCAGUAGAAUGAGAAGAGACCCGACGGACGGAUCGUGUUGGACAAACUUGAUGGGAGAUCAAAUGAAGAAUCAGCUCGUGAGCGCCAUCCACCUGCAGGAGGUGGAGAUGCAGGAGAAACCUGCAGACAACCAGCAGGGCAGCAAGAACACAAACAAUGAGACGUUCUCCGUUGAAGAAGCUGUUGAAACCAUCGGAUUCGGUCGUUUUCACAUCCUGUUGUUUGUCAUCAUGGGCAGCGCCAACAUCGUGGAGGCCAUGGAGAUCAUGCUGUUGGCCGUAGUUUCUCCAGAGAUCCGCUGUGAGUGGCGUCUAGAAGACUGGCAGGUCGCUCUCGUCUCCACGAUGGUGUUCCUGGGCUUCAUGGUCUGUGGAGUUUUAAGUGGAUACCUCGCUGACAGAUAUGGACGCUGGAAGGUGGUGUUUGGAGGGUUUGUGUGGAGCGCGUACUUCUCUCUUCUCACCUCCUUCGCUCCGUCAUACGGUUGGUUCAUCUUCCUCAGAAGCAUGGUGGGAUGUGGAGUCGCAGGAGUGUCCCAGGGGUUUGUGUUGAAGACAGAGUUCAUCCCGGCUAAGUACCGAGCCAUCCUCCUUCCUCUGGCCACCAUCUUCUGGAUGUUAGGCUCCAUGCUCAUCAUCGUUCUGGGGAUGUUGGUGGUUCCCACUCUGGGCUGGAGGUGGAUGAUCCGCCUCUCCGUCACCCCCAGCAUCAUCCUCAUCUUCCUCUUCAAGUUCAUCCCUGAGUCGGCUCGUUAUAACGUGUCAGCAGGAAACAUUCCUGCUGCUCUGGAGACUCUGAAGAAAAUCGCUAAAAUGAACCGAGCGUCUCUUCCUCCGGGACGGCUGGUGGAGCCGAUGGUGGAGCACAGAGGCAGUUGGAGGAUUCUGUUCAGUUCUUCGUUCAGGACGACGACUCUGCUGCUGUGGUUCUCAUGGUUCGUGGCGUCCUUCACGUACUACGGCUCGGUUCUCGGCAGCUCGGAGCUCCUGGAGAAGAACUUGUUGUGUUUGACGGAUCCGGAUCCAGAUCAUCUGGUCAAACACCAGAACCAGGACGGACUCUGUCACUGCAUCCCGUUCCAGCUCCGGGACUACCAGACCCUGCUCAUCAGCUGCCUGGGGGAGGUGGCCUUGGUCCCAGUAAACAUUUGUUUGCUGAACGUGUUGGGGCGGAAGAUGAGUCUGACUGUUCUGCAGCUGGGGUCGGCCAUCUUGUUCAUGUUGCUCAACAUCUGCACCUCCAUGUUCGGGUUCACCGUGCUGCUGUUCCUGCUCCGGUCUCUGGUCUCCAUGAACUUCAAUGUGGUUUAUAUUUACACAGCUGAGGUGUACCCCACUGCGGCCCGGUCUUUGGGGAUGGGCUUCUGUACGUCGUUCAGUCGGAUCGGAGGAAUGAUCGCUCCGUUCAUCGCUCAGGUGCUGAUGUCUCAGUCGGUGAUCAUGGCUCUUAGUCCGUUCUCCUUGGCCUGUGUGAUCUGCGCUCUGGGGAACUUUCUGCUGCCGAUAGAAACCAGAGGACGAGCUCUGUUGCAAAGCUCCUGAUGACGUCUACGAACAACAUUACUGUUUUAU